AUGGCCUCGACCCUGCCGCGUCUGCCCAUCUUCCGCGCCAUCGCCCAGCACGACCCCGCGUCUCCCGCCGUGCUCCACUCGGCGUCCGGCCGCAGCUUCGCAUAUGGCCAGCUGCUCGGCGAUGUUGCCCGUGCGCGCGACCGGCUGCGCGAGGCCAGCGGCGACGCCGACCUGGCCGGGGAGAGGAUCGCCUUUCUUGUAGAGAAUAGCUACGACUAUGUGGUCACGCUACUCGCCGUCAUGGCCGCACGCUCCAUAGCCGUGCCCCUGUCCCCCGCCUUUCCCGCGUCUGAGCUGCAGUACAUCCUCAACCACAGCGAGGCCUCGCUGCUCGUGUCCUCGUCCAAGUUUGCCGCCAAGGCUGCCGAGGUCCUGGCCACCGACCUGACGUGCAAGCCGACCCAUCUGCAACUGGCAAAGCAUGUCGGCGGCCGAGCAAGCGAGCACGUCACUCUGAGCGACAUGGACGGUGACAAUGCCGCUGGCUUGAUGCUGUACACUUCGGGGACGACGAACCGGCCGAAAGGAGUCCUCCUCCCGCACUCGGUCCUCACGGCGCAGUCGCAUUCUCUGAUGCAGGCCUGGAAAUACUCCUCUUCGGACCGCCUGCUGCACGUCCUCCCCUUGCACCACAUCCACGGCGCCGUCAACGCCCUGCUAACCCCCCUCUUCGCCGGCGCCUCGGUCGAAUUCAUGUUCCCCUUUAACGCCGACGCCGUCUGGAGGCGCCUCGCCGCCCCCUUUCUAGCCACCGGCGCCCCCUCGCAGCUGCCCGUCACCUUCUUCACCGUCGUCCCCACCGUCUACAGCCGCCUCUUGGCCAGCCACGGAUCCCUCCCCGCCGAGCUGCACGAGGCAGCCCGCCAGGCCGUCUCGCCCGAAAACAUGCGCCUCAGCAUUUCGGGCUCCGCCGCGCUGCCCACCCCCGUCAAGGCGGCGUGGAGGGAGCUCAGCCAUGGCAACGUCCUGCUCGAGCGCUAUGGCAUGACCGAGGUCGGCAUGGCCCUCAGCUGCGGCCUCGACUUUGCCGACCGCGUCGAUGCCAGUGUCGGCUGGCCCCUACCCUCGGUCCAGGCCCGCCUCGUCGACGUCGACACCGGCCACGUCAUCGCCCCCGGCCACGAACUCGACGCCCACGGCCGCGAGCGCUCCGGCGAGAUCCAGCUCCGCGGCCCCACCAUCUUCCGGGAGUACUGGCGCAACCCCAAAGCCACGGCCAGCGAGUUCGUCGACGACCCGGACGGCGGUGGGCCGUGGUUCAAGACGGGCGACGUCGCCCUCCGCCGGUCCGUGCCCGUGGCCGGCCGUGGCUCCCAGCCCUGGGCCGUUGGUCCCAUGUACUUUGUCCAGGGCCGCAUCAGCGCCGACAUCAUUAAGACGGGCGGCGAAAAGGUCAGCGCUCUCGAGGUCGAGCGCGAGCUGCUCUCCCUGCCAGAGGUCGCCGAGGCAGCCGUCGUCGCCGUCCCGAGCGGCAGCUGGGGUCAAAAGGUAGGCGCCGUCGUCGUCCUCAACACGGACCUUGUCCAGAAGUGGACUCCCCUGGAUAUGCGUCGUUCCCUCAAGAGUCGUCUCGCCGCAUACAAGAUCCCGCAGACCAUGAAGGUUGUCGAUCAAAUCCCCCGCAACGCCAUGGGCAAGAUCAACAAGAAGCAGCUCGUCCGAGCCGUCUUCGCAGACGAGUUUAGCGGCGACGAGUCGUAA